AUGGAAUCAUUUUGGAACACAAAGAUACUAAGCAAAGUUCCUAGAAGACUUUGGAUCCUCCUUGUGCCUACUUACUACGACAAAUCAGAAUAUACCGAUAUUUCAUCUAACUACACUACGAUCGAAUAUUUACGGUCUCAGGAAAAUUCUACGACGGAAAAUCCAUCCAUUCUUUUUCUUUCAGCUAUAGCUGGUAAGGAUUCAUAUGGACCUGAGCGGAAAAUCCAUGACUUUAUAGCAGUCUUAAAUACAAUUGCAGAAAACCAAGAUAGCCUUCAUAUAAACAUGGCUCUCCUAUGCAAUGACUUCCACGAACUUCAAAAUGUAAUCACAUAUAUUGAAUCUAAAUCAGAAACUCUUUCCCAAGUAUAUGGGAAGAUCACCAUAAUCCUGGCACCCUUCUUAGAUAAGAAUCAGGGAUUUGCAAGAGACCAAAGAAAAGCACCCCAGUCUCAAAGAUUAAGACGUCGAAUGAUUGCAAGAACAAGAAACUUCUUAUUAUUGAAUUCUUUGAGACAUGAGCAAUAUACAUUAUUUGUUGAUUCGGAUAUAAUUGAAUUCGAACACCCGGAGACCUUUCUUUUGACUUUCAUUAAAACCAACAAAGAUAUCAUUGUACCUAGAAUACCCGUAGCUGGGAACCCUGAUUAUGACCUCAACUCAUGGCGAGGACAAAGAAGGAAGCCUACGGAAGAACAAUUGAAACUUUUGGAUGUGGAGAAUAGGGAAGAUUUUCAUUAUUAUCCUGAAGAAGCUGAUAUUCCUGGGAAAGUCUGGCAUUUUAAGGAAUAUAUAGCAAAUACAAAUAACGAGUACGAGGAACAUAAAGAUGAAUAUGAAUAUUUAGUACCAUUGGAUUCUGUUGGUGGUGCGGUUUUAUUUGCCAAAUCAAUUGUUUAUAAGCAAGGAGCAAUAUUCCCAACUAGUUAUAUUGUGGGUACCACUUGGGAUAGAUCAGAAGGGUAUGAUGGGAUUGAGACUGAAGGGUUAUGUUAUUUGGCCAAACCUUUAGGGUAUAGUUGUUGGG